GGUGCAGUCUGUGGGUGCAGUAAAAACUAAAAAAAAAUCGUUUUGCGGCAUCCACGAAAAAAUCCACAUCAACAGUCAAUUUUAAUAAAAAUGGAAGCGUUAUACGCAAUUCCUUUCUCUGUUCUUGAAAUACCAAAUAUUAAAAUCAAAAAGCCAUCAUGGUUGCAAGCUCCGUCGGCGAUGACAACAUUCUCCUUGGUGUUACUUUCAUACUUUUUAGUGACUGGAGGUAUAAUUUAUGAUGUCAUCGUGGAGCCUCCGAGUGUUGGGUCCACUACAGAUGAACACGGCCACAGUAGGCCCGUAGCAUUCAUGCCAAACCGAGUGAAUGGACAAUACAUCAUGGAAGGCUUGGCAUCAAGCUUCCUUUUCUCCCUCGGAGGCCUUGGCUUUAUAAUCCUAGACCGUACUCACAACCCUACUACGCCAAAGCUGAACAGAAUCUUACUAAUAUCCGUGGCUUUUCUAUGUAUACUGGUAUCAUUCUUCACAACCUGGAUAUUUAUGAGGAUGAAAUUGCCUGGGUAUUUACAGAACUAAUUUUAUUUCAUUUAUUUCAGUAAUGUAAACCUUUUUCUGUAAUAAUAAGUUGAAAUAUAUUUUUAAUAUUUACAGUAAUAAAUUCAA